AUAUAGAUAAUUGGAAGGAACGCCCGUUCCGUUUCAUUGGGCUCAAAAUUACCGCAAAAAUAUCAUUUCUAGGGUUUCUCAAUGGGUGCUGAGCAAUCGAAGGAGGAGCUUGUCUAUCAGCAAGUCAAUUACGGGAACGUCGAAGGGAUCAAAGACCUCCGCCGGAAGGGCGCCGGGCUUGAGUAUGUUGACAAUGAAGGGAAGACGCCUUUAAUUCUGGCAUGCUUGAGAGCUGAUCUUUUACACGUCGCUGAAACUUUGAUUCAAUUGGGUGCCAAUGUUAAUGCUUACCGCCCGGGGAGUCAUGCUGGAACUCCGUUGCAUCAUGCUGCAAAAAGAGGCCUUGAUCAAACUGUUGCUCUCCUUCUUUCUCAUGGAGCAAACCCUCUAGUGAUGAAUGAUGACUGUGAGACUGCCCUUGAUCUGGCAAGAGCAAAGGGCCAUGUCCAUGUGGUUCGCAUGAUAGAGAACUAUAUCUGCCUUUUCUCUGGCUGGCUGCGGGAGCUUUAUGGGCCAAGUUUUUUAGAGGCAUUUGCUCCUCAAUGGGUGUCAAGGAAAAUAUGGGCUGUGGUCUUACCUUGUGAUUCACGCAACUUGAUGAAUCCUAGCAAGUUUGAUCUUGCUAUUUAUCCUGACUUGCAGGCUGCCCAACCACGGACUCGUGUUGCUCUUUGGAAAGCUCAGAUUGAAGAACCCAAGUUCAAUCAGGCAGAUCCCGCGUUACUUAUUGUAGAUAAGGCCACAAAAUCACGAUUCAAGUUCUUGGCGGCACUGGAAGGUGACAAGCAACAGCUGCAAAGGUUUUACGAUGCCUGCAAAGGAAUCCGCUCGCACAUUGGCAAUCCAUCUACACCAGCUGGUUUACCUGUGACCAAUCAAUUGCAGUCAAAUCCCCAAGCUUCAACAGCUCCUGCGGCUGCGGGUGCACCUAUUCCAGGCGAAGAUGUGGAACUAGCCAUGGCUAUAAAUGCCUCUAUUCAGUCAGCUAUAGCAGAGGGAAUCCCACCACUCACUGAUGUCCAACCAAACACCAAUAGCACCAACACUAAUGGUUGGGGAAAUCCAUCUAGUAAUGCUUCUUACAAUGGAUGGGGUAUGCCAGAUGCAACUCCGUCAUCCAAGAAUGCUCAAACACAGGCAGUAGAGACACCUGCUUCCAGUUCAUAUAAUGGGUGGGCUGCUGCUCCUCAGAGUCAGAUGAACAAUCCACCAAAUACUCAAUCCAUGACGGAGGCUCCUCCAGUGCCAUCUGCUACUCCGUCUGCUACUCCGUCUGCACCACCAGUACCAGAUGAUGAAUUUUAUAAUGGCCCAAUUCAGUAUCCUUCAAUAGAUACUACUCCUGUUAAUCUGACUGUGCCACCUCUAGAUAUUCAAAGUGGAAAACAAGGAGCCAAGGACUCUUCCUCAGGAAAUGACGACUCCUCAGGUUCAUGUGUUAUAUGUCUGGAUGCUCCAGUGGAGGGCGCAUGCAUUCCCUGUGGCCACAUGGCUGGGUGCAUGUCUUGUUUGAAGGAAAUCAAAGCUAAGAAAUGGGGAUGUCCUGUUUGUCGCGCUAAGAUUGAUCAAGUCAUAAGGCUGUACGCAGUUUGAGCAGAGCUAGAAGAUAAAAAAAAAAAAAAAGAUUGAUUGUUGUUAAUCACCCAGCUGUGUCUAUAAUACAUAUUCUGGAUUGCAUUGGAGUGGCCUUACCUGUAUAUGAUUUUCUGUAACUUGAAGAACCUGUUUAUGCAUCAUAUUAUGUGCUGUGUCAUGUGUGCAAGAAAAAUGGCAAUUAUUUCUCAAUAAGAGUAAUAUGAUUUUUGCUGUCA